UCUCGGCGGCAGGGGGGAAGGAGGGCCUCGCAUGAAAAGCAGCAGAAGGGAAGGCAGUGCAGGAGCAGCCUGUGGAGACGGGGACAGACUGUGUGUGUGUGUGUGUCCACCUCCAUCACACUCCAACACACACACACACACAUCCUCCAGUUGUGGAUUUAUCAGUGCUGCCAAAGAAGCUGGAGGGCCUUGUGUUGUCCUCGUCCCCAGCAGCACCACCAGCAGCACCAGCACUAGCAGCAGCGUCAGGGACGCACACGCUCCUCAUCCACUCCUGAGUUCGGGGCACUGAGAAAUGAACAAAAUGAAGAACUUCAAGCGCCGCUUCUCGCUGUCCGUGCCAAGAACAGAGACGAUAGAGGAGAACGAGUUCACCGAGCAGAUAAACCAGCUCAACAUCCAGCGUAAUGAGGAUCUGGUGCCGAACAGCCUGGGCCUGCACGCUCUACACCCAUCGCCCAGUCCACUGGCCUCCGACCAUCAGGCUCCAUCUCCCACCCAGCUGCACUACCACAGCAAAGUCCAGCACCGCCGCUUCUCCAUGGAGGACGUCAGUAAGAGGAUGGCUCUGCCCAUGGACAUCCGUUUGCCACCGGAGAUUCUGAAGAAGUUGCAGAUGGAGAGCCCAGAAUCAUGCAAACCACUUAGCCGCAUGUCAAGACGAGCCUCACUGUCUGACAUCGGGUUCGGAAAAUUGGAGACGUACGUGAAACUGGGCAAACUGGGAGAGGGCACUUAUGCUACAGUAUUCAAGGGGCGCAGCAAGCUGACGGAAAACCUGGUGGCCCUGAAAGAGAUCCGGCUUGAGCAUGAAGAAGGAGCCCCUUGUACCGCCAUCAGGGAAGUUUCACUGCUGAAAAACCUGAAACACGCCAACAUUGUGACUCUGCAUGACAUCAUCCAUACAGACCGCUGCCUCACUCUGGUCUUUGAAUAUUUGGACAGCGAUUUGAAGCAGUAUCUAGACAACUGUGGAAACCUCAUGAGCAUGCACAACGUGAAGAUAUUUAUGUUCCAGCUUCUGCGUGGUUUAUCUUAUUGUCAUAAGAGAAAGAUUCUACACAGGGACCUCAAACCGCAGAAUCUGCUCAUCAACGAGAAGGGAGAACUGAAACUAGCUGAUUUUGGUCUGGCGAGAGCAAAAUCCGUCCCGACAAAAACUUACUCCAACGAGGUGGUGACUUUGUGGUACCGGCCUCCAGAUGUCCUGCUGGGUUCCACAGAGUACUCCACUCCCAUAGACAUGUGGGGCGUAGGGUGUAUUUUGUACGAAUUGGCAACGGGACGGCCCAUGUUCCCAGGCUCGACCAUCAAAGAGGAGCUACACCUGGUUUUUCGCCUCAUGGGAACCCCGACUGAAGAGACCUGGCCUGGGAUUACAGCGAAUGAAGAGUUCAAGUCGUACGUUUUCCCCCUGUACAGAGCCCAAGCUCUAAUAAACCACGUUCCCAGGCUGGACACCGAGGGCAUCGAUCUUCUCUCAGCUCUUCUGUUGUACGACACCAAAAAACGGAUCUCGGCCGAGGCGUCUCUGAGACACGCGUACUUCCUGAGCCUGGGAGAGAGCAUUCACUCCUUACCAGACACUUCUUCAGUGUUCUCACUAAAGGAAUUACAGCUUCAGAAGGACCCUGGCCACCGGAGCUCAGUCUUUCAUCCAGGUCGGGGAAAGAACCGCAGACAGAGUAUAUUCUAACGACUGAUAUAUGGAGGAGGAACAUCAUCACCGUGAAGCAAAUGGCUGUAAAUCUAAGAAAACUGCCAAGCUGUAUCCCAAAACCUCUUCACACCGACCCACACUGGAAAUUGAGAUUUUAACACACACACACACACACACACACAGCUGACCAAUUCAUUUUCACUGCUGUUUUAUUGAAUUUGGCAAACUUACACAGUUACAGCUGACCACUGUAACUGUAGUUUCCCACUGUGCUUUCUCAACAUUAAAAAAAAAAAACACACAAACAAACAAAAAAACAAAAUAUUUUAUUGCCCAUGUUCAUGUUUAAAUGAUGAGUGGAAUAAUAAUUCUCUUGAGAAGCACUCUCAUAUUAUUAUACCUUUCAAGGUGCAGUGUUUUUUCACUGGGGCGGGACCCUCUAAGGUAUUUAUUUGUACCCUUUUUAUACCACUUAGGAACAUACACUACCGUUCAAAAGUUUGGGGUCACCCAGACAAUUUUGUGUUUUCCAUGAAAAGUCACACUUUUAUUUCCCACCAUAAGUUGUAAAAUGAAUAGAAAAUACAGUCAAGACAUUUUUCUGGCCAUUUUGAGCAUUUAAUCGACCCCACAAAUGUGAUGCUCCAGAAACUCAAUCUGCUCAAAGGAAGGUCAGUUUUAUAGCUUCUCUAAAGAGCUCAACUGUUUUC